AUUUAAAUGUGAAUCUCUAUAUCCAUCGUAACUUCCAACAAGAAGUAGGGAAAUUAGAUAAACUAGUCCCAAAAAUUACCAAACAUGCCGAGGAUUAUUUAACUAAAGCCGAGAUUUCACUUUCGCGUAUUAAUGGUAAGGAUAGUGUAUAUGAAUAUUUAGAAAAUUGUAGGGCGGCUAUUGAAGAACUUAAAAAUCUUGGUGCAGAAUUUGAAUCUUUGGAAAAUCGUUAUUGGGAUAUUUAUUGGAAAGCAUUUAAUAAAGUUUAUAACGACGAAGUCCAAAUGGCUCCUAGAAUGAGAGGGACUACAUCGGCUGUGGAAUUGGUGCAGCAAGUAUUACAAGAUGGAUAUAAAUUUAGUCCAUCACCAAUGAGGGGACCAUGGCGACCGUCCGAGAUCACUCCUGCAGAAGAAAGUUUUGGAAAUAGAAAAAGGGAUUUGUUAAAUGAUAAAAUAGGAGGAGCUAUUGAUUUAGAAAAGAUAUCUAUGAAAGAAGUCAUGGACAAUCUCGUAAAUAAUUUUUCUCAAUCAAUUUCUAUUGAUGAUUUUAAAGAUCAAGCCAACAAUGUAUUAUCGACAAUUAGCACGGAAUUUAAAAAUAAUAUUGCUACCGAUCUUAAUGGAAGCGAUAUUUCUAUCUUGGAUAAUUUCAUUAAACCCAAGUUAGGAGUUACUGAUGAUUAUGGUAGAAGUUUAACUAGUACUAUGGUAAAGGAUUUUCUGGCAGCGCGUAUGACAAGUACAGUUAUGACAGGAUUUGGUGCUGUCAUAUGUUCUAAUAAUGUUGCACAAGAAUGUGAAACAUAUCAGUGCCUUUGUAAUACACCUAUUGGCGAGAAUGAUAAAAGUUGUAUAAUUGCAGGUGGAUUUGGACCUAAUAAUGAUGGAAGUUACGAUGGAUAUAGAGAUUCACAUUUAAAUCUAAUUAAACA